GAAGAGAAGACUCCCAGUACUAAAAUUUGGAACAGAAAUGAGUGUACCCCUGCAAGUAACAGAGCAGGUUCAAUAUCUGAUAGUGGAACUACUCAAAAGUUUGAGAACCGUUCAAAUAAUUGGAAACCUGUUCAGCAGCAGAAAAUACCUGAUAGCUCUAAUUCAUCUCAGCAUAUCAAAACAACAGAAUCCAGCCAAAUGCGUUGCACUAAAGGACAGUGGCCAGUGAAACCUAACACUACAUCAAGGAAUCUGCAGGAUUAUGGUCUGGCAUAUAAAUUGAACUGCAAUAGUCAGCAAAAUAGCAUGAAUGAAAAGCAAUUUGAUUGCGUUCCAGACAACAAAAGUCAGGAUAUUUCUUCAUUUCAAUUAAAACUUAAAGAAAAAAGGAAUUCUUUGCGAAUCAUAUCUGCAGUCAUUGAAAGCAUGAAGCACUGGAGCCAAUACACUUACAAAACUCCACUAUUAUUUGAAGUUUUAGGCACGCUUGAUUCUGCAGUCACAUCUGGAGCAUACGGAGCCAAGAAUUUUCUUUUGAGAGAUGGAAAGGAGAGCCUGCCUUGUGUUUUUUAUGAAAUUGAUCGUGAGCUUCCAAGACUCAUUAGAGGUCGUGUGCUCAGAUGCAUGGGAAACUAUGACACAAAAAGGAAUGUUUUCAAGUGUGUCUCUGUAAGACCAGCAACUAUUCCAGAACAAAACACUUUCCAAGAAUUUGUUAAAAUUGCAGAUGUUGAGAUGACAGCCUAUGUGAAAACAAUGAAUGAGAUUUAAGUGUAAAGGUGGUUGUAUAAAAUUCAUUUACCCAAACUAAUGCUGAAAAUGUGAUUAAAUAAUUGAAAAUAGUACUGUGUUAUCCAACAGAUGUUAAGGACACCGUUUUGUUUCCAUAUCACUUUCAUAGUUUGUUUUCUCUGGCUAUCUGUGUGAUAACAGCAUUUGUUAUGUAGUUCAUUAGAUUUUACUGGAGAAAUUCAGAAUUAAAAUGUUGAAAUUGUUUAUAUGUACGUAACUUAUUUAUAUGAACUGUUCCUGCUUAACUAGAGUGAGCCAAAUUCUAUUUUUUUGGAAUGGAUUGUUCAAUGAGUUUUAUUUAAAAAAAAUAAUAAUAACAAAAAAUCCAUGGAUCUUUUCCAUGUGAAAACUGCAGGGAGUGCCCCACUCAUCUCUCUUGUCUGUUACCCAAAUGUAUGCAUCAUUAACAGCAGACCGGGUUGAUUAGUGGCUCCUAUCUCUCCCAGUCACUGAAGAAAAGACUUGAUAGUGAAACUUUCUUCCAUUGAGGCAUGAGGAGGAGAAAUGAGGCAGAGCCACAGGUGGCUAACGAGAAUGAAAAUGGUGUCUCCUUUUUAGAGAUGGCCUAAGCCUGAGGAAUUCUCAGAAAUGUUUUGAGCAUUCCUAAGGGGAUCAAACACAUGCUUCUCUUAUCUUCUAUAUGUACUACCUACUGUAAGUAUCAUUUUCCCCUUUUGGUGUGGUUGCUUUUUGGUUUGUUUCUAUGCCAACAAGCAAUCAGUCUAGACCUAUACAAACAAUUUGCUGAGAGUGAAAUUUUAUAUUUCUAAGUUCUGUAAUACUUGGCCACACAAGCUUGACUCUGACAGUAGUUCAGGUGUCUCAGAAAAAGGAUAUUGUCAAAACUAAUUCCCACUGCCAUUGCUUCUUAUCUUCAGUUAUUAGAAAUACCUUCAAUACCCGUUUCAGAAUGUUGACUGUGGUGGGUGUUUGGUCAAAGUUCAGUAGCUAACAAACAUCAACAAAGUUCUUUGUGUAACUUCAUUAAAAUUGCUCUUUGGUAGAAAGUAAGAUGGUGUAUCCUGCUUCAGUUUCCUUUGAAUAGCAACAACAUGUGUAAAAGCUCUUCUAGAAAGGAACAUAAUAGGCACUGCAGAAAGAUUUCACAGGAUACAGCUGUAUAUAUUAGGUAUUCACAUGGUUCCCACUGCUACACCAUCUAGUUAUACUUUUCUUUAAAAACAGUGAAUCAUUAUAACACUGGUUUAAACGAGCAGCAUACCCUGAAGCUGUAGGAACAUUGUUCAAGGACACGUAGGAAGUUGGAAAAUAAUUACUUGAACACAGAACUUCUUUGCUUUUGCCAUAGGAACAUCCUGUGAGGGAUGGUCCACAUGCAUGUUUGAGUCUUUGCAUUCGAACAUUUGCUUUCACAGCUUAUUCCUGUUGUUUCUACUUUCUUCUCCCCUUACUUCAACACUUUGUACCAAAUCUGUUGGAAAUUUUUUUAAUAAAAAAAGAGAGAGACAUUAAGAAAAUAGUGAACAGUGAUU